GAUGGCGUCCUCUAACAAUCCUCGCAAAUUUAGCGAAAAAAUCGCUUUACAUAAUCAGAAACAGGCGGAGGAAACUGCUGCGUUUGAAGAAGUGAUGAAAGAGCUGAACAUCACCAGAGCUGCUCGGUUGCAGUUACAGAAGACCCAGUAUUUGCAACUAGGGCAGAAUCGUGGACAGUACUAUGGAGGCUCACUGCCCAAUGUCAAUCAGAUUGGAAAUGGCAACAUUGACCUGCCUUUUCAGAACUCUGUGCUGGACACCAGUCGGACUACUAGGCACCACGGGCUGGUGGAGCGUGUUUACCGUGACCGCAACCGCAUCACGUCUCCUCACCGCCGGCCGCUGUCAGUCGACAAACAUGGACGCCAAAUCGACAGCUGUCCUUACAGCUCAGUGUACCUCUCCCCACCGCCAGACACUAGCUGGAGAAGGACAAAUUCAGACUCUGCCUUACACCAGAGCGCCAUGAAUCCCAAACCCCAGGAGGUGUUUGCCGGGGGAUCACAGGAGCUGCAGCCUAAACGAGUACUGCUGCUAACAGUGCCUGGGACCGAGAACUCUGAGUCAAACGAGGAUGCGCAGGAACAGUUGUGGGAUGACAAGAAGGAUGAUUCAUCAAACGCAUGUGAUGUCCCAGGAAUCAAUAUAUUCCCAUCACCAGACCAGGAGUUGAACCUGUCCUUGCUCCCUGCUGCACACAACACCGGGGGCUCGCUGCCUGACCUGACCAACAUCCAGUUCCCCCCCCCACUGUCCACCCCACUGGACCCCGAGGACACCGUGGCCUUCCCCUCCCUCAGCGCCUCCACCAGCACGGGCAGCCUGACCACCAACCUCACCCACCUGGGCAUCAGCGCCGCCAGCCAUGGUAAAGCGAAACGCCUCCAUGUUCAGUUUAAAGCUCGGAGUAUGGUCACACACACGGACACGCUGCACGUGAAGAAAUCUACUUUCUCGCCAGGGGGUUCUCCUUAG